AUGACCAAACAAUGCCGUGAGAAUCCCAUCCGCAAGGCCGUCAGGACCUGGGCGGAAGCCCACGUCCCAGACGAGGAUUAUCCAGGAAUCGCCGAGCAACUGGUAGGGACGGCGCCGAAGCGGUUCACCAUCUACGAACCCAUGGUCCUCCUGCCGUCCGCCAGCUUCACCCAUGAGACGUGGACGACUAUUCUCAGCAGCAGCAGCGACAGCAGCACACGGUCGCUCUGGCGAAUGAUUCUGGAGGAGAUCUCCGGGAACGAGGGCAAGCGUCGAGUCACGCACCUAGCCGUCAACGAGGCGAUCCCCCCGGUACUACGCAGCGACUCUGAUGCGGACCCCGGCGACCAGUCGGAGAAUGUGCUCCGCAGCCCGAGCGGGCUGCGCAUGCUGCAUGGGGACUUUGGCGGCGCAGAAGAGGGCGCCGGCACGGGAACGCGUGACUUCGAGGGGGCAUUCUGGGUCCGGACGAGGCAGAACGGGAUACUGCAGACCUGGGCACCUCGGUGGACGAUGUUCAGCCGGGGGAACGUCAAGGAGAAGGCCAGGCUGCUGGGGUUCCCCAAGGCUCCCGUCACCGACGCAGGCGAGCGGCAGCAGUGGGCAGUCGACCUGUAUGCCGGGAUAGGCUACUUCGUCUUCUCGUACGCGUCGCUGGGGAUGAAGGUCCUGUGCUGGGAGAUGAAUGCCUGGAGCGUCGAGGGGCUGAGGCGAGGAGCCGCGGCGAACAGGUGGGGGGUGAGGGUCGUGUCAGGGUCGGAGCUGGAGGGCAUGUCCGACGCGCAGCUCGUGGAACUGGUCCGCGGUGGGGGCCAGAGGAUCACGGUCUUCCUCGAGGACAACCAGAGGGCCGCCGGUCGGGUGCGCACACUGCAAGGGGCGGGGCUGGUCAGGGCCGUCACCCACGUCAACUGCGGGCUGCUCCCUACCAGCGAACCUACCUGGGAUACGGCGUGGGAUAUGACGGUGCACAGCGACGAGGCGUGGCUCCAUCUCCACGACAAUGUGGGAGUGGACGAUGUGCAGGGUCGGAGCAGGGUGCUGCAGAGCCGGUUCGAGGAGAGGGCCGCCGUCCUUUCGAAUGGUCGACAUUCACGGGUAGAUCACGUCGAAAAGGUCAAGACGUAUGCACCUGGGGUGUGGCACUGCGUAUUUGACAUUCACAUCACGAGUUGA